CUUAGCGACCGUCAUAUUGGCUGUCAGGAACAGGAACGACCACGGGCUUGAUGCAGUUUCGGCCAUGAGAAAAAAUAUGCUAUUUUCUGUUGUUCGCGGUACUUUCAGAAGUCAAAAUUAAAAAUAGAUUAUGGUUUUUAGGCAUUUGAAAAUCAGAAGCUAUCGGAAUGAUAUCAAAAACGUCCCGCUUACAUUUUUGUGUUUCGUCCGACACCGUGGACCGCAAGGGGGAUAUGUGCCUGACUUCUUUUGAUAGCCAUUUUUUGCAGACAAAGAGAGCGGUUGAGUAGCGGUUCCUAAAGACAAAAGGGUCUUGGCCUCCUAUCCAUGGAGAAAGUGGGCAAGAUGUGGAGCAACCUGAGGAGCAGAUGCCAGACCCUCUUUCACAGCGAUGGUGCGGGACCUAGCAGCGAGAGCAGCGUGGAGGUGGAUGGUGUCCACUGUGUGGUCGACCUCGGUCGGGGAGGCACCGUAGGCGAGUCCCAGGCUUCCCGGGCCUCCAGCCCGUCUCGGAGCCUCCUGCCUCUCCCUCUGGUGACUGCGGGCCGCCGUCACAACUGUGUGUCAGACAUCCCUCAGAUUGUGGAGAUCACUAUAGACAAGGAGAGCGAGGACGUGAGGGGGAGCCCUGGGGGGGUCCCUCUGGCCCGGAGAGACUCUUACUCUCGGCACGCACCUUGGGGGGGCAAGAAAAAACACUCGUGUUCCACUAAGACCCAGAGUUCCCUCGAGGCGGACCGGCGGUCGGGGCGCUCCCGGGGGGCGUCCAGCCGCAGGGACCGGCGCUACGGCGUGAGCUCCAUCCAGGAGAUGGCUGACUCAGGGGCCGGGGGCCACAGCCUCAGCGCCCGCUCUCUGCGGCAGCGCCUGAGCGAGACGGUGGGCCUGUGCCUCCCCCUGCCCCCCCGCCGGCGCUCCCGCUCCUCCAAGACCCCGGUCGCCUCCAAACGCAAGAUCCACCUGACGGAGCUGAUGCUGGAGACCUGUCCCUUCCCACCGGGCUCGGACCUCGCCCACAAGUGGCACCUCAUCAAGCAGCACACGGCGCCCGUCAGCCCGCAUUCCUCCACCGCGCUGCUGGACGCCUUCGAUCCGGCCCACCCCUCCCCGGAGGACGAAGAAGAGCGCCUGCGCGAGCGCCGCCGGCUCAGCAUCGAGGAGGGCGUGGACCCGCCGCCCAACGCCCAGAUCCACACCCUGGAGGCCUCCGUGCAGGGCUCCUCUCUGUACAAACUGGGACCAAAGAUGGCCCCCUGCACGGCCGAGGCCUCGGGGGAGGCCCGCGGGGCCAGCUCAUCGGCAGGGUCCAUAGCGUCGGGGGCGUCGUUGCAGGUGCUGGGCGGGGCGUCGUCUCUGGACUGCGACUCGGAGGAGGACUCAACCACCCUCUGCCUGCAGGCCCGCCGGCCCAAGCAGCGCCACGCCUCCGGGGAGGGUCACCUGAGCCGCAGCCAGCCGGGGCCCUGGAAGGUGCACACCCAGAUCGACUACAUCCACUGCCUGGUGCCAGACCUGCUGCAGAUCACAGCACUGCCCUGCUACUGGGGCGUGAUGGACCGCUACGAGGCUGAAGCGCUGCUGGACGGCCGCCCCGAGGGCACCUUCCUGCUGCGCGACUCGGCUCAGGAGGACUACCUCUUCUCCGUCAGCUUCCGCCGCUACAACCGCUCGCUGCACGCGCGCAUCGAGCAGUGGAACCACAACUUCAGCUUUGACGCCCACGACCCCUGCGUGUUCCACUCGUCCACCGUCACGGGCCUCCUGGAGCACUACAAAGACCCCAGCGCCUGCAUGUUCUUCGAGCCGCUGCUCACGGCGCCGCUCCACCGGACCUUCCCCUUUGGCCUGCAGCACCUGGCCAGGGCCGCCAUCUGCCGCCAGACCACUUACGACGGCAUCGGCGGCCUGCCACUGCCCCCGGCCCUGCAGGACUUCCUCAAGGAGUAUCACUACAAACAGAAAGUGCGUGUGCGCUGGCUGGAGAGGGAGCCCCCACUCAAGGUCAAAUAGCGUGGGGGGGGGGGGGGUCCCCCCGCAGCCUGCCCGGGCACACUCAUGUGGCUGGAGGAGGCCCAAACUAGAGAACCUUCCCAUCAGCCACCUGGAGAGACCGACACUGGCAUGGCUCUCUGUCAGGCUGGGGGGAGGAGUUUAGGUGAAAAUGAGCUAUACCAGAUUCAUUCUAAUCUCUUAUUGUUUUACUUAUUACUUGCGUCACAUGGAAUACAUGCGUAUGAUUAUAUUCAGUAUAACGCUGUCUGGCAAGCACAUGGUUUUUAGCGUUGAACAGGUUUUUAUGGAAAGGGAGAAGGAAGCAAGUAUGCUUGGCCUCCCUCUUUUAUCUCUCUCUUUUGGUUCUUUGUGUCUGCCUGAUCCCAACAGCAUUACCCUGCCUGUUGACCUGCCUGCCCCCCCUCCCCCUGCCUCCACUUCGGCCCACAGGGUUAGCUGUGCUGUACAGUCCACUCUCUCACCCAUUCACUUCUCCUACUGGAUUACGCACCAAGAAGAGCCAUCUAGAGGGAUUGGUGAGAAGAGAACAGGGUUUUCACCCCGGUUUAACUCUUACUAUAAAGUUUAAAACUCCCUCACGGCUCGGCCCGUGACUCCUCCUUCUCGUAUGAACACAUAGCUAGCGUUUCAGAAGCUUGAAGUAACAUUACCAGCCACGGCUCACAGGUCUGGAGGGAGGGGAUUGUAGCCGAUAACAGCUUCUUUCAAGCUCGGCUUCCCUCUACUCUCACAGGGAGCAAGGCAUACACAGGUGUGUGUGUGUUACUGUUGACGGUCGCCUAUAUUGCCAGGGUACUGAUCUUGCAGCCCUACAUUUAGUUUUCUCAACCCUUUUCCUGAAGCAUAGGCCAAUGGCCAUGCCCCGCAGCCAUGGGCGGUAUAGGGAUACUGUUUUCAAUGACUGAAUCAUUUAACAAAUAAUUGUUGUCGUGCUCACAGCAGUCUUGUCAGUGGUUCACAACUGGCAACAGGCACUUUAAUUGUGUGCAUGCAGUGUGGUCGUGUACCUUUACAUACAGACACACACAAACAGACUCAGUUCCCAGAUGCUUCAGGUGGGAGAUUGCGUUUGCCAGUUACAAUCUGACUGGUUUCUUUCCGAAGCUGCUUUACAGUGUCUGAGAGGCUGUCUUUCCACCCCCACGUCCCGCCCGGGCCCCAUCUCAGUGGCAUCCUCCAUGCUGCUCACUCUAAAUGAUUCAUGACUAAUGUUUAGUCACCCAUUGACCCCUAAGAAUACUCUACACUGCUCCCUGUGUGUGUGUGUGUGUGUGUGUGUGUGCUGGUUUGCUAGUGGUUGUUUGUGUGCGGGGGGCUAAAUAUCUGCACAGUCAGCACCCUCCACCCUCCAUUGAUGUUCCGCACACUGUUAUCUCAAAAUCCUCCCCCCCCCCCUCCUUCCUUGCAUAACGACACCACCAUUAUCCCUCCGCUCGGUGAACUCUGUUUACUUGAGCUACGUAACCCAGACUGCUAGCCAUGUCCACAAACGAGUAGGCCUACAUUGUGAAAGCUUUUGCGCGAGGAAGAAAAUUCGACAAACAAUAGUGUGACCUCUGUGCCUUUUCAGAGAGCCUCCUGCGCCUUCUGUCUGAGCCUGGUGGCAUGAAAUGUUCCAGUGUUUUCUAUUCUGACGCUCUCUAAAGAGGCUGAGGAUGAGGAGGGGGGAUUAAGAGGUUCUGCGCUCGCGCUCUCUCUAACGUUCAAGGUGCACACUCGUUAUCUGGAGAAAUCUGUUGGUGCGUUCGGCAGUGGUGCUAUUCUCCCCCCCCCCCAUCUGGAACCUAGUCACAGCUGUGUCCUCCACUUUAGGUAGCAUGCUUCCCUGUCCUACCUGACACUAGUCCCUUUGUCCUGGUGCUGAAUGUCAGAGGAACUAGCAAUCCUGGUCUGGUCUCGUCCAUUGUACCCUGAAGAUCUUAACUAUCAAGAGUAAACAUAAUUUCCGAAAUGGAAAAAGAUUAAUUUUAAACGUGUCCAGGUAAUAAUGUUUCUAUUGAAACUCAAGACUGGAGGUGGUAGUGAUGGGGCAGGGCGGUGUCAGGAACUGUCCCACAGACACAGUGUCUGUAAAGGCACAGCUGGAGAGACACACAGGCUUGCAUCUGUAAACCCUAUGUACAACUUAACAAAAUAUGGGGGAACUCGCAAAGAACAUGUUUGAGAAUCCUAUCUGUAAGCAAUGUAUACUAAUAUAGUUCUAACUAAUAUGUGAUGCCCAUGAUUAUUUUUAUCCUGGUUUGGAACGACCUAAUCUCAGAUCCUGUCUCUGAUUUAUACUGUAGAGCUGUUUAUUUUAACUACCCGCAACCAAUCAAAGCUACUGUGUGUGGAAUGUGUGUGUGUGUGUGUGUGUGUUGAGGGUGGGCUGUGUUCAGCCGAGAGAGAGAGAGAGAG